AUGACGACCACACCGUCUUAUCCAACCUUUCGAGACAACCCAGACAUGCGUGGUCGAUUUGACGAUGAUAAUACAUCCAACGCAAGUCUUUCUGGCAAGCGAGAAAUGUACAAUAAACAAGAACAGCGCGGUACUGAAGACGCAUCUCCAAAAUUAAGACCAUCAUCACUGCCACAUGUAGCGCGAAUGCCUACAUUGCAACAUCAACGCUCAAUGUCAUCUCCCGAAUCAGAUAUGUAUAUGCAGAAUAUGCAGAAUGAAGACUUUUCAUGUCCUAUAUGUUUUCACACGAUUAAAGAAGCAUUCCUCGGUAGAUGUGGGCAUUCGUUCUGUUACAUCUGUAUAACCGGCCACUUGGAACGUAAACGUGAUUGUCCGACUUGUGGAUGUCCUUUAAUGCGUGAUCAGAUAUAUCCCAACUUUCUAUUAAACAGAAUUCUAGAGAAAACUCCAGGAUCGCCUGCUAGCCCAUUCGAUGGCACCGUCUCACCCACAACAAAGCAUAUGAGAUCUGCCAUCUUGGCAAGUAACUUAAAUGCAGACGACAUCAAUUCAAUGAUAGUGACGUUAUUAAAUAAGAAACAACGCAUAGAAUCUGCAGAGAGAGAGGCUGAACUAGAUAUUUUAUCGGAUUUCCUAUCGAAAGUCAGGGCAAAAAAAGAGUCGAAAUUGAUGAAAUUACAACAAGAAAUUCAAUGUCUGAAUGGCGACCUGUAUACGAUACAAGAAGAACUCAAACGCAUCGCACAAAAGCAGAAACGAGCGGUAUUAUUUGACGACGAGACAAUAGCAGAUAAUGGAAGUGUCUUGAUUGGUUUUCCUUCAUCCAAUGAUUCGGCAGAGUCUGACGUUAUUGAUAGUUAUCAGCAUAAGGAUGAUGUCGAUAUGAACAUUGCAGAAUCACCUAACAGCUUGAAUUCGUCGCCAGCUUUGAAACCAACAAUACCCGAGACUAACGAAAAGCUAAUGUCUAAGAAACGAAGGGUGCUGGAACACUUUGAGGAUUUGACUGAUCAUUACUUCUCGUGUAGACUUACUGGUGGAUAUCAAGCUGACGACGGUCUGUCAGACUUUUGCGAUUCACUAAGCACCUUUACCCAUUAUAGUCGAUUCAAAUUGGUUAAUACGUUGAAAUACGGCGAUAUAUUCAAUACGUCAUCUAUCGUAUCUAGUAUUGAAUUCGAUAGAGAUGACGAAUACUUUGCUACAGCCGGAGUUACAAAGAAGAUUAAGAUAUUCGAUUAUGGUAACAUUGAAAGGUUGAUAGUCAAUGCCACCUUUGGUUAUUCUUCCAUACGAGAUGGUCAGGUUGGAGGACGAAAGCCAGCAGAGUUGAUUACCCAUUACCCUAUUAAAGAGAUGGCAUGUCGUAGCAAGAUCAGUUGUCUGUCAUGGAAUACCUACAUCAAAACUCAAAUUGCUAGUGCCGAUUAUGAUGGUGUAAUAACAUUGUGGGACGCGCUCAUUGGACAACCAGUGUCAAUAUUCGACGAACAUGAAAAACGUGCGUGGAGUGUUGAUUUCUGUAGAAUGGAUCCAACAAAGUUGAUUAGUGGAAGUGAUGAUACAAAAGUCAAACUUUGGUCCACAAAUCAGAAGAGUUCGAUAUGUACGAUAGAAAAAAAGGCAAACAUCUGCUGCGUUAAAUUCAAUCCAGACAUAAGCCAUUAUGCAGCACUUGGAAGUGCAGAUCAUCACAUCCAUUAUCACGAUCUUCGACAACCAAGAGAUCCUGUAUUUAUCUACAGAGGGCAUAGAAAGGCUGUUUCUUACGUUAAAUUCAUGAACUCGACUCAAUUCGUAUCAGCUUCGACAGAUAGUAGUCUCCGACUCUGGGAUGCUAACAAACAAUCGUGCGCUCGCACUUAUACUGGCCAUACAAACGAGAAGAACUUUGUGGGUCUAACUACGUCUGCCGAUUGGAUUUCGUGUGGAAGUGAAGAUAAUGCUGUCUAUACGUAUUACAAGAGCUUGUCACAGCCUGUAAUUAAAUUCAACUUUGGAAGUAUCGAUAUGGUGACUGGUGAGGAUACCAAUGAUCAUGAUCCGUCACUCUUUGUUUCUUCUGUGUGUUGGAAGAAAAAUACAAAUACUCUAUUGGCUGCCAAUAGUCAAGGAACAAUUAAAGUUCUCGAGCUUGAAUGA